GAGGCCCAAAGGUGCAGGCCACUCAUUGCCGUAGGCUAUCCAUCCGCCAUCCAUGCAGCACUUUAGCAGCAGUUUUUUUUCAACCACUUUGAUUGAAAGUUUCCGUGUGCGGCAUUAAUUGAAAGUACCAGGCAGUUAGUAGUGGGUGGUUUUUGGUUGCAACAAGUAACGCGACGCACGGUUGCUACGUGGCACUCCUUCCUCUCUCCCUCACCCUCUACUACCCAGCACCCACUCGCUCUGACCUUGGCCUGGUUCGAAAGAGAGAGAGCACAGCGACAGCAGUGGAUCCACAUUAGCUUUGGCAACAGCAGCAGCAGCAGCAGUAGUACAGGCCACUUGGCUUAAUUGCAUUUGCCGUCAUCGCACAUGGUCGAGGAGGUCGGCUGCCUGAGACAGACUGGCAACAGCAUCGGCAUUGUCGUCGCUAUGCCCAGCCCAAGCGUAUCAAAUACUGGAAACACAGGUGUUGUAGCAUCCACCACAGUGGUCACCUCCACUGGUGGCAUACAUCAUCAGCCGCAUCAGCAGCAUCAGCAUCAACAGCAACAACAGCAGCAACAUCAUCAUCAGCAACAACAGCAGCACCACCACCAACAACAGCAGCAGCUUCAUCAUCAGCAACAGCAGCAACAGCAACAACAACAGCAGCAGCCACAUCAUCAGCUUUCCGGAAAUAUGAGCCUGCUGAGUGUCAAGGGCGGACGUUAUUUGUGGACAGACCGGGAGCUGCUGAUGCAUUUGCAGAACUAUACGCCACUGAUUCUACUGAUCGACUUUGUGGAGAAGACACGCACCAAGCGCUUCUACGAGAACUCCGAACGCUACGAGAUACUCAUGCUGGUGUUCAUCAUGCGCAAGGGGGCGCCGUUCUGUGAGAAUAAACGCUUUCCGGGCGAAUACUGGGUGAAUCUGUCGGUGGGGCCCAUUGCCGAGGCAUUCGAUCGCCUGCAGGCGGCCAUCGAUAUACCCGAUCCGCAGCUGCCCAUACACAUGAGUGUGACGGAUCUGACCAGCUGGAAGCAGAUGUUCGAUGUGGCCAUGAUGGAUAUCCGACGGUUUGCCUACUACACGGAUCCCAUGCAGCUGGCCGAUGCCGGUGUCUACAAUCGGAUCACAUUUGAGCAGCGUUUUGGGAUGCAGUGGCAGGAGUAGAUUAGCCUUAGGGGCCGCCACCUCCACUUAUAGUAUUUGUAGUCAAAUGGAAGAUAGGAUCAAAGUAUCAUACACACACACCACAUAGUGGUUGGAUUGUUGCGUUAAUAAUAUAUAGUCUAUAUGCAUAGUGGAAUUUAUAUCAGAACUGUGCCUUCUCCCACUACUCUACCACACCCCUGGCGUAUCCACACCUCCUUGCGAUUGGGAAAGCACAACACACCCUCUGGAUAUCAUAUCUGGUAGUUGUCUAUUGUAAUCAAUGAUUUAAUAAACAUAAACGUUACUGUUGCAAAUCAA